CAGACUGUGAACCAAGACCUCCCGUCUCUUUGGCUCGCAUUUCUUGCCGUCCAUCGCCGCCGCUUCUUCUUCUUCUUUCUCCUCCUCCUCAUCCUCCUUCCUCUCCUCCCGCCCAUCGCCAACGCUCGUCGCCCGCCGCACACGCUCCAUGGACACCAGUCCCUGACCCCCCCCGACCCCCCGACCCGUCGCGCCGACCGCCCGCUGACGCAGCACCGCCAACGGCGACGACGACGCCGCCGUCGUUCAACCCACCGCCCGUCAUGCCCGCGCCUGGCCUCCGAUCGUCGCUGGCGGCCUGCCUCCUCGCGCUGUCUCUCCGAUGCAGUCCGUGUCGCGCGACCCCCAGCCAGACGGCUCCGACGCCCACCAUAACCACCGCGCCCGUCUUCAUCCCCGACUACCCCAGCCAGUCAUGGUCGCUCUUCCGCGGGAGCGUCCUCUCCACGGUGCGCCCACCCCCCCAAUGCCGAUCCCUGAUCCCUGGCGCCCUGGCCCUACGCGGGGACACCCGGCCGAGACUGACAACCGAGCGUGUGUGUUGCAGAACCAGACGGCCAGCGAGACGACGUAUACAAUCUUCUGCCCGACAGACACGCCCGCCGCGUGCGACAUCUCCCUCGAGUUCCCCUUCAUCAUCGUCGAGGGCCAGAGCACGCUCAAGUUCCACGGGACCUUGACCUCCACCUACAUUGCCGACCUCGCGUGCAACAUGAACGGAACGACGGCCGCCACCUGCUCGGGCUACUCGAGCUACGCCUCGGGCUACACCAACGGGCACCACACCGGCCCUACCGAGGUUUCGUGGACCUCGACGCUGUCCGGCUCCCACGUUCAGUGGGGCGUGCUCACGCUGACCGACAAGCCGACGACGACGGACAACAGCCUCAACGUCACACCGACUGACAUCACCGUACCCACCGUGGCCUCUUCGGUGCUCUACGGUCCCAACAUCACAAGUACAAGCGCUGGCGGAAGCACAGUAGUCGAUAGAUGCCUGUUGAGCGUGGCCGUGGGCGCCGCCCUACUUGUCGCGGCUGUCUCUGGCUAGCAGCGCGUACCAUAUGGUCCAUGGUGAGAAAGAGGUCUGGGUCGGCGGACGGAAAGCUGGAUAUACCCCUGGGAGAAGAGAAGAAAGGUGAUGGACCACGGAAGGCUGGACUGGCAUGGUGUUGGUGGUAGAGGAGGAGGAGGAGGAGGAGGAGGAGGAGGAACUCGGCCUCGUCGUCGGCGUCAUCGGACCUGAUGCCCCGCCUUUUGCACUCGAUAGUCGGUCACGUCUGGCCGCCGGAUGGCGAGAGCCAGAGCCAGAGCAUAGCGUUGCGUUGCGUUGGGAUUCAUGAAUUCGCUCGAGGGAGCGUUGCACCGGCGCUGGGCGUGGUCUCGGGGAGGCUUUCGAUUCGGGUUGUACGCGGAGUUUGGGUUCGGCCAAGAGUCGCAGAUUCGGAAUCUACCACGCGGCGCUUUUGUUCAAAGCAGAACCCCUGUGCAACUUGUGCUCAUAUGACCCAGACCCAUGUAAAACUUCGCGCCACGGUGACGUGGAUCGACGCCGCCGUCGGGGCAAGCAAAGGCCGGAAGAUGAAGAGUCGAAGUUCGGAUUUCGAUGAGGAUGCUCAACAUGAAC